ACCAUCUUCUUCCUUCUUUGUGGUGUGUAGUGGCUGUUUCGCCUUAGUUUUCGUUUUACAGAGCACAAGCUUCUCUCGACCAAAGGCUGUGACUUAAAACAUUUUUGGUUUUCUGAUCUGAAGAUAUGCUGUGAGAGAGUUGACAAUCGAAGCUUCAGGAUCGAUUUUUGCUCUGCUUCUUGCAUUUCCUAAGAAGAAAAGACUGUGCUGAAUUUUGAGUCAUCUGCAGGAUGGCUGCAUCUGUAAGUAAUGGUUUUGAGAAGGCCUUGAGGGAAAAUGGGGAUUGCAAAUUUCAUGCCCCGUCUGAGUACAAGCGACGUAAAGUUUCUGCUGUUCGUGAUUUCCCUGAAGGAUGUGGACCGUUUGCUCCAAGGAUUGAAGCAGUUUUAAAGUGUGAGGACAAUAGCCAGCAUCCUGAGUUACAUGCCAAAACUCUUGUCCAAACUACUGAUUGCAGUUUGAAUAAGGAAAAUCCAGUCAUCUCAUCUGAUCAAGUGGAUAGGCCUCCUCUGGUAAAUGACGAACCUGCAAAAAUGUUGCUGGCAGACAUGGAAGCUUUGGCAGAUACAGAGUCUGGAAGAGCUGUGAAGUUGUCUUCUCCAGUUGGUGAGGUGGCUGGUUCCAGUGCUUGGACGGAGAAUAUGCUAACUAGAAGCUAUUUUCCUCGAAGGAAAGUUUCAGCUAUUAGAGACUUUCCUGCUUUAUGUGGACGCAAUGCUCCAUCUUUGCUGAAUGAAAAUAGAGGGGUUGAACAGAACAUGACUGUAAAUAAUGACCACUUGAAAAAAGUAGCUGCCACUGAAAUGAAGGAAGCUGAAAAUAAUGCUCAAGAUGAUUCUCGCAAGAGAAAGCUUGUGGACAUAGUUUUAGCUGAUUCUGAAGGGAAUGCUACAGAGAAUGUGGAUAAGCAGGAUGUAUGUGAACCACCUAUUGGGAUAAAUAAGCAACACAAAAACCCCAGAGAAAAGAAAAUUGAACUUCCUACAGAGAUUGAUCAUCAUCAGGCUGAAAUAAAUUCUGGUGAAGCAGAAAAUGAGGAUGCUAUACCAGUUGAGAAGACAUUAGGAAUGGAAAUUAUAGUGUACCCUGAAGUCCAGGCUCUUGAGGCAAAGCCUUUGCGGGCUGUAUCAAACAGGAAAGUAGUGCUAGCGUUGAAGUCUGGGUCAGAAUGUUUUCUGAGGUCUAAUAAUGGUCCCUUCAAAUUUAAAAGUAUUGAUGGUGCAAAGGAAAGCAAAGGAAAGAAAGAUGAUGUCUUGGUACGGCUUGGCAGGACUAAGACUGCUACCAGGACUAAAGAUGGCAUACAUAAUUCUAGGUUGAAGCCUCUGAAGAAGAAAAAGGAAAAUGCUGCUUCCCAUGACAGAGGUCAGUUAGAAAUUUUGGACAAGGAUUGUGUUGAUCCUAAUCAAAAUGGUGCGGACUUUCAAACUGUCACAAAACCAUGUAGUUUCAAUGUCAAUGUUCCUCCUUUUGGUCAUAGUAAGUUGAGUGAUAAUGAGAAUGACUCAAAUGUUACUAGACAUAAAGUGCGGGAAACACUACGACUUUUUCAAGCUGUUUCUAGAAAGCUUUUGCAGGAACUAGAAGCAAAGAAUGAGAGGGGAAGGGUUGACUUACUAGCAGCAAAGGUCCUUAAGGAGAAGGGGAAAUAUGUUAAUGAAGGUAAGCAGAUCUUGGGAUCUGUACCUGGGAUUGAAGUUGGUGAUGAAUUUCAGUAUAGAAUUGAGCUUAAUAUAGUUGGCCUUCAUCGCCAAAUUCAGGGCGGUAUAGAUUAUGUGAAGCACAGUGGUAAGAUUCUUGCAACAAGUAUUGUUGCAUCGGGAGGCUAUGCUGAUGAUUUGGAUAAUUCAGAUGUAUUGAUAUAUACAGGACAAGGUGGUAAUGUGAUGAACUCUGACAAACAACCUGAAGAUCAGAAGCUUGAACGGGGAAAUCUUGCUUUGAAGAAUAGUAAUGACGAACAGAACCCUGUUAGGGUGAUUAGAGGUGCUGACUCAACAGAUGGAAAGUCCAAGACGUAUGUCUAUGAUGGACUCUAUCUGGUUGAGGCAUGUUGGCAGGAUAUGGGGCCACAUGGGAAGCUGGUAUAUAAGUUUCGGUUGCGAAGAAUCUCUGGUCAACCAGAGCUUCCUUUGAAGGAAUUGAAGAAAUCUAAGAAGUUCAAAAUGAGAGAAGGUCUAUGUGUUAAUGAUAUUUCUUAUGGGAAAGAGCGAAUUCCAGUAUGUGCUGUGAAUGUCAGAGAUGAUGAAAAACCCCCACCUUUUAAAUACAUAACCAGCAUGAUUUAUCCUGAUUGUGAUCUCAUUCCUGCAGAAGGAUGUGGUUGCAUUAAUGGUUGUUCUGAGUUGAGAUGUUCUUGUGUAGCCAAGAAUGGGGGUGAAAUCCCAUACAAUCACAAUGGGGCUAUUGUAGAAGCAAAGCCUCUAGUUUUUGAGUGUGGACCUUCUUGCAAGUGCCCUCCAACUUGCUAUAACAGAGUCAGUCAACAUGGCAUAAAAUUUCAACUUGAAAUUUUUAAAACCAGUACAAGGGGAUGGGGAGUGAGAUCCCUAAAUUCCAUUCCUUCAGGGAGUUUUAUAUGUGAAUAUAUAGGAGAGCUUCUCGAAGAUAAGGAAGCAGAACAAAGAACUGGUAAUGAUGAGUAUCUUUUCGAUAUUGGAAAUAACUAUACAAACAAUACUCUUUGGGACGGACUUUCGAACCUUAUGCCUGAUGCACAGUCAAGUUCUGGCGGGGUUUUGAUGGAUGGUUGUGGCUUCACCAUUGAUGCUGCACAGUAUGGUAAUGUGGGGAGAUUCAUCAACCACAGUUGUUCUCCAAAUCUGUAUGCUCAAAACGUGCUGUAUGACCAUCAUGACAAAAGGAUGCCUCACAUAAUGUUCUUUGCUGCUGAGAACAUUCCUCCCCUUCAAGAGCUGGCGUAUGACUACAACUACAUGAUCGACCAGGUCCACGACUCCGAUGGCAAUAUAAAACGGAAAGAUUGCUACUGCGGUUCUGUGGAAUGUACAGGUAGGAUGUACUGAGCCUUCUUGUCAAUAUCAAAGUUGUUAGGUAUGAUUAUGAACCAUAUAAGCGACCUUUUUAAGUACAUUAAUGUUACAUCAGACCACCAAAAUAAUGAAACUGUCUUGUGUACUUUUUCAAUCCCAUAGAUAUAAAUAUAUCAGAUAAGCGGGAUAUAUUAAGUA